UGCCGAAACCGAAGGGAACGAACGCCCUUCUCCCCCUUCUUUAGACGCGCAAACCGAGUUCGUCGGACGCGGCCAAAGCCAAAGCCAAAGCCAAAGCGUCCCCGCGAGGCGCCCCCACGAGCUCGCGAGCGAGAAAGCGAGCGGGGCGGCGCGCGAGGUGGAGAGCGAGCGACGAACAAAGAAAGAACGGACCGGCGGUUCAGAAAGCCGGGUGCUUGCUCGCUUUCCGUCGAACGUGGAAGGAGGAAAAAUAAAGGAAAGUGGAGCGGAGGGCAAAUAAUCGAAAAAACCCUAAUCGAAGGCGAAAGGUUGCUUGUCCCAAUGGUAUGCAAGACUGGUUGUGGGAGAAUGGCUGCCAUCAUGAGGCUUCUCACUGUUGGAAGUUGUCCGGAAAUUACAACAGAAGAGGACACCUACGAGAAGAUUGCUUCUCGGACCAUACGUAAGGAGUUUUAUGAUGCAGAUGAGGCAAAUUUACUUGAAGAAGAAGAUAUGCAUGUAUUUGAUUGUAGACCACUGACAGAUCCCUUGCACCUGGUCUGUUGCAAUGCUUGUAAGAAGCCGGUCAAAGCCAGUCAAUAUGCAGCCCAUGCAGAGCGCUGUAGGUCAUUAAACUAUAUGAAAGAUGUUGCUCUGGAGCUUGAUGGUCGUUCUGGUCGUAAGAAGCCUCCAAGGAAGGGGAGAAAAAUAUUGCAAGCAACUAAUGGGACAUCAGCAUCGGUUGAUCAUACCAUAGUACUUGAUGCUUCUGAAAUGGAUAUUGGAGGCAGGGGACAUCACAAGAUACCAAAUGCAGGAAUGGGAGUACCUUGUAAUGCUCUGAACAGAUAUCAGAAGUCUAAGAUACCAAAUGCAGGAUUGGAAGUACCUUGUAAUGCUCUGAACAAAUAUCAGAAGUCUAAGGAGCAUCUUAGGAGGAAUGCUCCAGUUCCACUUGCUACCAAAAUUUACCACUUGCAAGGCAACAGUCAUCUCCGAUUAGAACUUGGCCAUCUAUAUCGCGAGGCAUGUGCAGAAAAGAAUGGCAAUGAUUCCCUAACACCAGAAUUAGUGCAGGACAAGGGUAUGAUGUCUACCCAAGUCUCAUCUUCUAAUAAAUUAUUGCAUGAGGUAAACAGGGAUGAUGUUCCUCAAAUGAAGGCUUGCAUAACUUCUGAUUAUCUAGUUAAAGUCCAGACCGAGCAGUGAUUAGAUUUCUGCUUUCUCCCAUGGGAAACAGACAGACAUACUCCUUGGCUGCUGUCUGGAACCAUGGUCAGAUUCUAACACAAAGUUCAGAACUAUUCUUGGGAACCUCAGGAGGAUUACCAUCGGCAGAUAGCUUUCCAAAUCAUUUCAGAGAGGACAGCUAUUCAAGACCUGAAGUAGUUAUGGCUUCAGUGGGGAUGAUGAAAACCAGAUAUCAUUCUGCACCAUAUGCAUAUCCUGCAAUCUCAGGUUUGGCUCUGGGAACAAUGCAGAAGACAAAUGGGAGUGUUUCUGUGGUUUAUCUGUCCAUAGAUUGGUUCUAACAAAGGAAGGAUGAUUUUUUGUACGUAUUCCAUAAAUGGUGGAAGACAUUAAAGUUUAUUUUUCUUUCUUUUCUUUUGGUGGUGGUGGGGGGGUCUUGCAUUAUGAUAUUGAGUAAUUAAUUUCAUUUACAAUCUAUAGAAUGCAUUAGCUCAUGCUUGAUGAACUGCCUGUCUUCUAUUUAAUCAAAUGUGGGUUCUCUCAGUGGAAUGUCUCUGCUGCAGCCCUCACGCAGGUCAAAAUGGUGAUUCAUUAGCAGCUUUCAAGGCUUGACCAUCAAGGUGUAAGAAAUUGCUCACAAAGCCAUACUCCCUUGCUGGUAGAACUGAUUCUUGUGCCAAUGGGUCAUUUUUGGUUACUUGUAUUAUACUCUUAUGCAAAGAAAGAUGGAAUGGUGAUUAAAUUU